CCAUCAUAUAUUCCUCCUUCCGCAUCCCCUGCACAUUUGCCUCUCCUCCACUUUCGUUCAGCAACAAGGGUGUCAAUUAGAGGAUAGCGGUUUGUCUUCCUCCAGGCCUUUGUAAUGUCCACGCACGAGUCUGGCCCGCAGGGGCUGACGAGGCGCCCCUCUCGCAGUGCGGCGACCACCACGUUCUCGACUGAGGUAUUCGACAAUGAGGUUGUUCCGUCCUCUCUCGCGUCCAUUGCUCCAAUUCUUCGCGUCGCUACAGAGAUCGAAGCAGAACGCCCUCGUGUCGCGUAUCUCUGUCGGUUCUAUGCAUUUGAGAAGGCGCACAGGUUGGAUCCGAGCUCGAGUGGACGUGGUGUUAGGCAGUUUAAAACAGCACUUCUUCAACGAUUAGAGAGGGACAAUGCAUCCAGUCUUGCGUCUAGGGUGAAAAAAACAGAUGCCAGGGAAAUCGAGGCUUUCUAUCAGCAGUAUUACAAGCAUUAUGUCAGUGCUCUUGACCAAGGGGAGCAAGCAGACAGAGCCCAGCUCGGUAAAGCUUACCAGACAGCCGGUGUGCUUUUCGAAGUGCUUUGCGCCGUUAACAAGACCGAGAAAGUUGAAGAAGUUGCUCCCGAGAUUAUCGCUGCAGCUAGGGAUGUCCAAGAAAAGACUGAAAUUUAUGCACCCUAUAACAUUCUACCUCUUGAUUCUGCUGGCGCUUCGCAGUCUAUAAUGCAGCUCGAAGAGGUUAAGGCUGCUGUGGGUGCCUUGUGGAAUACUCGUGGCCUGAACUGGCCAAGUACGUUUGAGCAGCGCAGGCAGAAAGCAGGUGAUCUGGACCUACUGGAUUGGUUAAGAGCAAUGUUUGGAUUUCAGAGAGAUAAUGUUAGAAAUCAGCGUGAACAUUUGAUCCUUCUGCUCGCUAAUUCUCAUAUUAGACUUCACCCCAAGCCUGAACCUCUCAACAAGCUUGACGAACGAGCUGUUGAUGCAGUAAUGAACAAACUGUUUAAGAAUUAUAAAACAUGGUGCAAAUUUUUGGGACGGAAACAUAGUCUAAGGCUCCCUCAAGGUCAGCUAGAAAUACAGCAAAGGAAGAUACUUUACAUGGGUCUAUAUCUUCUCAUCUGGGGUGAAGCAGCAAAUGUUCGUUUCAUGCCAGAAUGUUUGUGCUAUAUAUUUCAUAAUAUGGCAUAUGAACUUCAUGGCUUGUUGGCUGGAAAUGUCAGCAUUGUUACUGGUGAAAAUAUUAAGCCUUCUUAUGGUGGGGAUGACGAGGCUUUCUUGCGGAAGGUUAUAACUCCCCUUUACUGGGUUAUUGAAAAGGAGGCCAAAAAAAGCGAAAAUGGAAAAGCUCCGCACUCAGCCUGGUGCAACUAUGAUGAUCUGAACGAGUACUUCUGGUCGCCUGAUUGCUUUUCUCUUGGUUGGCCUAUGCGAGAUGAUGGAGAAUUUUUCAAAUCAACGCGUGAUCUGGCGCAGGGACGGAAGGGACCACAAAGAAAAUCUGGAAGCACAGGAAAAUCUUAUUUUGUUGAAACCCGAACAUUUUGGCACACAUUCCGAAGUUUUGAUCGAUUAUGGACCUUUUAUAUACUAGCUCUUCAGGCGAUGGUCAUUGCUGCAUGGAAAGGAGUCACACCAUUAGAGAUUUUCCAAAAGGAUGUCUUGUACGCCUUAUCAAGCAUUUUCAUCACUGCUGCAAUCCUUCGCCUUCUUCAAAGUAUCUUGGACUUAGCUUUGAACUUCCCAGGAUUUCACCGGUGGAAGUUCACUGAUGUGCUAAGAAAUAUUCUGAAAGUUAUCGUCAGUCUUGCUUGGGCUAUUGUUCUUCCCCUAUGCUAUCUUCAUACUUUCAAGAUGGUUUCUAAUAAAUUCAGAGACGUGCUGUCCUUUCUUAACUCGUUGAGGGGCAUUCCUCCUCUAUAUAUAGUGGCGGUUGCUCUGUAUUUGCUACCAAAUUUACUUGCAGCAGCUCUAUUCUUAUUUCCUAUGCUUCGGCGUUGGAUUGAAAACUCAGAUUGGCACAUUAUUAGAUUUCUUCUUUGGUGGUCUCAGCCAAGAAUAUAUAUCGGAAGAGGAAUGCAUGAAAGUCAAUUUACUCUUAUAAAGUAUACCAUCUUUUGGGUGUCUCUUUUGUGCUGCAAAUUUUCUUUUAGCUACUUUGUUCAGAUAAAGCCAUUGGUGAAGCCAACAAAAGAUAUAAUGAGUAUUCGCCGAGUGGAAUAUGAAUGGCAUGAAUUUUUUCCUAAAGCCAAGAACAACUAUGGGGCAGUUGUAUCACUGUGGAUGCCAAUAAUUUUGGUUUAUUUCAUGGACACUCAAAUUUGGUAUGCUAUGUUUUCGACCAUAUGUGGUGGUUUCAUUGGAGCAUGUGAUCGAUUAGGAGAGAUACGAACUCUAGGUAUGCUUAGGUCUAGGUUUCAGUCCUUACCAGGUGCAUUCAACGCAUACUUGGUGCCAUCAGAUAAGUCUCGGAAAAGGGGUUUCUCUUUGUCAAAGCGUUUUGCUGAGAUUACCACUAGCAGGAGAAGUGAAGCUGCCAAGUUUGCACAGUUGUGGAAUGAAGUGAUAUGUAGUUUUCGAGAGGAAGAUCUAAUAAGUGACAGGGAGAUGGAUCUCUUGCUAGUUCCUUAUUCAUCAGAUCCCAGCCUAAAAAUAAUCCAGUGGCCUCCCUUUUUACUAGCCAGCAAGAUUCCAAUAGCAUUGGACAUGGCUGCUGAAUUCCGAUCCAGGGACUCUGACCUCUGGAAGCGUAUUUGUGCAGAUGAGUACAUGAAAUGUGCAGUGAUCGAGUGUUAUGAAUCUUUCAAAAAUGUCCUGAAUGUUCUGGUGGUUGGAGAAAAUGAGAAAAGGAUUAUUGGAACCAUAAUUAAAGAAGUUGAAAACAAUAUUUCGAAGAACACACUUCUCACAAACUUCAAAAUGGGUGCUUUACUCAUUCUGUGCCAGAAAUUUGUGGAACUCGUGGAGAUCUUGAAAGAUGGCGAUUUAUCCAAGCAAGAUACAGUGGUGUUUUUGCUGCAAGAUAUGUUAGAAGUUGUCACUCGAGAUAUGAUGCUCAACGAAGUCCGUGAAAUGGUAGAACUGGGUCAUAACAAGGACUCCGGAAGGCAACUCUUUGCUGGUACUGACACUAGACCUGCCAUAAACUUUCCUCCUACAGUUACAGCUCAAUGGGAAGAGCAGAUUAGACGCCUCUAUCUACUACUGACUGUGAAAGAAUCUGCCACCGAAGUUCCUAUAAAUCUUGAAGCACGAAGAAGGAUUGCAUUUUUCACAAAUUCAUUGUUUAUGGAUAUGCCACGUGCUCCACGAGUCCGUAAGAUGUUGUCAUUCAGCGUCAUGACUCCAUACUAUAGUGAAGAGACUGUCUAUUCCAAAACCGACCUUGAGAUGGAAAAUGAAGAUGGUGUCUCCAUCAUAUAUUACUUGCAGAAGAUCUUUCCAGAUGAAUGGAACAACUUCAUUGAGCGACUCAAUUGUAAAAAAGACAGUGAAAUUUGGGAAAAUGAAGAAAACAUAUUACACCUCCGUCAUUGGGCCUCCUUACGAGGGCAAACUCUAUCCAGAACAGUUAGGGGUAUGAUGUAUUAUCGAAGGGCUCUAAAGCUUCAGGCGUUUCUUGACAUGGCUUCUGAGAGUGAGAUACUUGAAGGCUACAAAGCGAUCACAGUUCCGUCAGAAGAGGAUAAAAGAAGCCAGAGAUCCUUGUAUGCUCAAUUAGAGGCCGUGGCUGAUAUGAAAUUCACAUACGUUGCUACUUGCCAGAACUAUGGAAAUCAGAAACGAAGUGGGGAUCGUCGAGCGACAGAUAUCCUGAAUCUGAUGGUCAAUAAUCCCUCUCUUCGGGUGGCUUAUAUUGAUGAAGUUGAAGAGAGAGAAGGUGGAAAAGCACAGAAAGUCUACUAUUCUGUAUUGGUCAAAGCUGUUGACAAUCUUGACCAGGAAAUAUAUCGGAUUAAGCUGCCUGGUAUAGCUAAGAUAGGAGAAGGGAAACCUGAAAAUCAGAACCACGCUAUAGUUUUUACCAGAGGUGAAGCACUUCAAGCAAUUGACAUGAAUCAGGAUAAUUACUUGGAAGAAGCUUUCAAAAUGCGAAACCUUUUAGAAGAGUUCAAUGAGGACCAUGGUGUUCGUCCACCUACAAUUUUGGGAAUGCGUGAACAUAUCUUUACUGGAAGUGUUUCUUCUCUGGCUUGGUUUAUGUCAAAUCAAGAAACUAGCUUCGUCACAAUUGGUCAGAGGGUUCUUGCAAGGCCGUUAAAGGUGAGGUUUCACUACGGUCAUCCAGACGUUUUUGAUCGAAUCUUCCAUAUUACCCGUGGGGGCAUGAGCAAAGCUUCUCGAGGCAUCAAUCUCAGUGAAGAUAUCUUUGCUGGCUUCAACUCAACAUUGAGACGAGGAAAUGUAACCCACCAUGAGUAUAUUCAAGUUGGGAAGGGAAGAGAUGUUGGUCUUAAUCAAAUCUCUCUUUUUGAGGCAAAGGUAGCUUGUGGUAAUGGAGAGCAAAUUCUCAGCAGAGACAUCUAUCGUCUGGGUCAUCGUUUCGACUUUUUCCGCAUGCUGUCUUUCUAUUUCACAACAGUAGGAUUUUACAUCAGUGCCAUGUUGAUUGUGAUUACAGUAUAUGCUUUCUUAUACGGAAGACUUUAUCUGUCAUUGAGUGGAUUGGAGAAGUCCAUAAUAAAAUAUGCUAGGUCAAAAGGAGAUGAUCCUUUAAAGGCUGCCAUGGCUUCACAAUCAGUUGUCCAGUUAGGUCUUUUAACUGCCUUGCCAAUGAUCAUGGAAAUUGGGCUAGAGAGAGGGUUCAGAACUGCAAUAGGUGACUUAAUAAUCAUGCAGUUACAACUAGCUUCCGUUUUCUUCACCUUCUCUCUUGGCACGAAGGUCCACUACUAUGGGCGCACAGUCCUCCAUGGUGGGGCAAAGUACAGAGCUACAGGUCGUGGUUUUGUUGUGCGGCAUGAAAAAUACGCUGAGAACUAUAGGAUGUAUUCAAGGAGUCACUUUGUGAAAGGACUAGAGCUUAUGAUAUUGCUUAUAGCUUACCAGAUAUACGGAUCAUCUGCAACUGAUACUGUAGCUUAUCUUUUAGUCACAUCCUCAAUGUGGUUCCUGGUUAUUUCCUGGUUAUUUGCGCCUUUCCUUUUCAACCCUUCAGGUUUUGAAUGGCAAAAGAUAGUGGAUGAUUGGGAUGAUUGGUCAAAAUGGAUCAACAGCAGAGGUGGUAUUGGUGUGCCUGCAAAUAAAAGUUGGGAGUCCUGGUGGGACGAGGAACAAGAACACCUUCAGCACACUGGCUUCGUUGGACGCUUCUGGGAAAUCGUUCUAUCUAUCCGAUUCUUUCUCUAUCAGUAUGGAAUAGUGUAUCAUCUGCAUGUGGCUGGAAAUAACAAAAGCAUCACCGUGUAUGCAUUGUCCUGGCUUGUCAUUGUUGCCGUGAUGGUUAUACUUAAGAUUGUGUCCAUGGGUAGAAAGAAAUUCAGUGCAGACUUCCAGCUAAUGUUCAGACUUCUGAAGUUGUUCCUGUUCAUUGGAUCAGUUGUGGUAGUAACGAUGCUCUUUACGCUUCUCCAUCUCACGGUUGGCGACAUUUUUGCAAGCAUUCUAGCCUUCAUGCCCACCGGGUGGGCCAUUUUGCAAAUAACACAAGCAUGCAGACCUGCUAUGAAGGCAGUGGGAAUGUGGGGAUCAGUGAAAGCUCUAGCCAGAGGGUACGAGUACUUGAUGGGCAUUGUCAUUUUUGCACCCGUGGCCAUGCUUGCCUGGUUCCCUUUCGUGUCGGAGUUCCAGACCAGGCUCCUCUUCAACCAAGCAUUCAGCAGAGGUCUCCAAAUCCAAAGGAUUCUGUCCGGUGGCAAGAAGAACAAGUGAAACCCAAAUCAACCUCAUUGCUAUCUUAGUCUUCAUAAGUGGAACGCCACGUCCCAACGAUUAUCAAGCUCAACCUCAACCUCAAGUUCAUGUUCAAUGAGAUGCUUUGGCGUGGCUUUCCUCUUCUAUCAGCCUCUCCCUUAUUAUAUAUUAUAGUUUCUAAUAUAAUAUUAGUGUCACUCAAUACUGUUACGAUCCAUUUUACGUAUUACAUAAAAUAACCCACCGCAAUUUUCUCUAUAUUAAAUCAUAGUAUAGUUGUACCCAUAUUCCCAUUUGAGCUCUUCUUCAAACACCCCUAGAUCUCAUAUUCUUGUACGUUGAAGGCAGUGCUCAAACGUUGCCAUUGGUUUUGUUCUUUU